CGUCGGCAGUUAGUUUUGAAGGUGUAUGGUGAACGGUCUCGGUAGUCACUGGCCGAUCGGUUUUAACGCGCAAGUGUUCUGUGUUCUGUCUGCUGUGUAUUAUCUGUUAUCUAAAAACUAUUGUCACAAGUACUUCUACACAGAGUGCAUACUUGAUUGUGAGGAGGCUAAUCGCAGUCAGAUAAUUGAUUGCACUUCAAAUGGUUCUCCACUGGAUUCCCCAAGAGAGACCAAACACAUUUUUUUAUCAUGCGAUGUGAUUAUAGCCGAUGAAUGGUGUACGACGAAAUUUUUGGCCCGUGGGGCCGCGUGCUAUUGGUCUGUUUUGGUGCAGCAGUCUUUCUGAUAACAUUGUUAAUUGUUGCAUGUUUUGUCACCCCAGGAUGCAUAGGCUACGAAUGCAUAAGACCACGAAAGAAGGAAAACAAACUCCCUCCUCUAAACUUUAAACGACCAAAUGAGGAUUUAAAAUUGAACGACGUGAGUUACAGAUCCUGGAGAUUAGGAAGCCUCUACGAGGAGAGUAACAAUGAAACAAUUGGUGAAACUCCAGAAAUGACGAGGGACUCGUUUAAUUCUAGUAAUUCCCAAUUUGAAUGCACUGAAACUUCCUCGACAUUGAACUUGGUACCUAUCGACAAGCAAAGAAGUAAUAAAAAGGAGAAGGAAUUUCCCACCGAAUUAACGAUGAGUCUCCGUUUUUUACCGCCUUGUGUUAAUCUAAUCACUGGGAAACUUCUUAUUGGCAUAGAGGCGUUAUCAGGACUUCCACCAAAGCAAUACAAUUGCACGUUGGAACCUUACGUUAUUGUAAAUGUAGUAAAACAACUUUGGCCUAGCAGAAAAAAACAACUUUUGUACAGUUUUAAAACUAACGGCAUUAGGCACACUGCAAGUCCAAUUUUCAAGGAGACAUUUGCUAUUGCUAAUGUUACCAUGCAAGACAUAAAAGACUGGAUUCUGGAUAUCAUAGCACUGGAUCAUGAUCGUUAUGCCAAUCACACGCAAAUGUGUACAUUGACAGUGCCAUUGAAGGAAGUAAAAAGAAUGUUUAUCAGUCCGGAAACGCACAUGCUUAAUUAUCAUAUGAAAGCGUCCAAUCAGGAAUUUGGAAAGAUUUUAUUAGGUGUAAGUCUUUUACCAACGGCACAACGACUGACUAUCAAUGUCAUGGAACUACGUGACUUGAAAUUCGUGCCAGCAGUCUCGGACAUAAAUCAAUUCAAUCCAUACGUAAAGGUGUUGAUGCUUAAUGGUAAGACAGGCAGAAAGAUCAAAAAGAGAAAAACCAAAUUCUUACGAGCCACUAAUAAUCCAGCUUUCAAUGAGGUUCUGACAUUUGAUUUACCAUUUAAUCAAUUUGAUACCUUACAAUUUUUGAUUGUGCUCUGCAGCAAGGUAUUGAUUGAAGAAACCACAUCCAAUGAUCAUCCAAGUGAUAGUGAAGAUUCACUAUAUUCUUACAAGAAAUCCAAAGAUAUUUUUAUUGGAAAAGUCGCUCUAGGGAAAGGUGUAAGAGGUUCAACAGAAAGAUUACACUGGUUUUCAGUUUUACAGAAUCCUAGAAAACUGGUCACAGUCUGGCAUACUUUAAAAUAAAGCCAAAUCAUUAGCUAAGGAGUAUGGAAUAUUUUUCAAUAAAAAUCGGUUGUUUUUUGUUUUCUUGUGCGAUUAAACUGAAACAUUUUUUACAUAAAACUGCAGUAUUUUAAAGUAGAAAUUCAGAUUUAUAAUUAUUCAAUUGUUAUUGAUUGAUGUAAUUGAUGGAAUAAUUGUCAUACUAAAAUUAUGAUAAUUUUUAACAAGGACUGGAGUUUGCCUCUAUUUGAUAAAACUGCAAUUUUGUUACAUAAUCUGAUUGGACUAUAAUUUAUAAUACUUCGUUUUUAUACAAAUAUAAUCAUAUUAUGUUUUACUUAUGUGACAUUUAUGACCUGAAAUUUCAUCAAAAACUACAUACAUUCCAAAAAAAAAACUUCAUGAAAUUCUUUAAUUAAACAGCGAUUAAAAUUGUUAAAAAGGCAUUUUCAGAUUUCUUGUUCAGAUAGAA